AUGGCAGGGGAGAGCUUCCCUUUCACGUCCUCCACACUGCGAGCUCUCCGCCUACAGAGAGAGUGGCUGGAAUGGGAGGACAGGAGGCGGGCUGCCGCUCGGCAGUGUCGAAGCCAGAGGUACCUCUCUAGUCCCCGGGCAAGGCUCACGAGGCCGCGCCGCUCCUGCCGAGACCCAGCUGUCCACAAUGCCCUGUUCUCUGGGGACCUACAGCAGGUUCAAAUCCUGUUCCAAGACGAAGAGGCUGCCAACAUGAUUGUGGAGACAGUGAGCAACCAGCUGGCCUGGUCAGCAGAACAGGGAUUCUGGGUGCUGACUCCAAAGACCAAGCACACAGCACCUCUUACCAUCGCUGUGGCCAGAGGCUACAUAGACUGCGCCCGGCAUCUUAUUCUGCAGGGGGCUGACCUCGAUGCCAGGAUUGGAGGUCGUGCUGCCUUGCACGAGGCCUGUGCUCAAACCCAACCCGACUGUGUUCGGCUGCUGCUCACGUUUGGUGCCAAGGCUAAUGUGCUGUCUGAGGAGGGUAUGACCCCCUUGCACCUGUGCACAGCUCCUGAGUCUUUGCAGUGUGCCAAGUUGCUGCUAGAGGCUGGAGCAUCUGUAAAUGAGGCAUCACGAGAGAGCGAAGUCACGCCCCUGCAUGUGGCUGCAGCUCGCGGCCUAGAGCAACACGUGGCUCUCUACCUGGGGAAUGGCGCAGACGUGAGCCUGCGCACCAGUCAGGGCGAGACUGCACUGAAUGCAGCCUGUGCUGGCGCAGAGGGGCCAGGUAGCUGCCGAAAGCACGAGGCAGCAGUGCGACGUCUCUUGGAAGCCGGGGCUGAUCCCAGGGCUGCCGGUCGGAAGCGCCACACACCACUGCACAACGCCUGUGCUAACGGCUGCGGAGGCCUGGCCGUGCUGCUGCUGCGCCACGGAGCCAGAGUUGGUGUCACCAAUGGGGCUGGCCACACACCCAUGGACUGCGCGCUGCAGGCGGUACAGGAUGCCCCCAACUGGGAGCCCGAGGUCCUCUUUGCAGCACUGCUGGACUAUGGGGCCCCGCCCGUUCACCCUGAGAUGCUGAAACACUGCGCCAACUUUCCUCGGGCCCUGGAAGUCCUCCUUAAUGCCUAUCCAUGUGUUCCGUCCUGCGACAGCUGGGUGGACGCAGUGCUCCCGGAACUGUGGCAGGAACACGAAGCCUUCUACAGAUCAGCCCUAAGCAUGGAAAACCAGCCAAGACGGCUGCAGCACCUGGCCCGCCUGGCUGUUCGUGCUCAGUUGGGUAGCAACUGUCGGCAGGCAGCCACCCAACUCCCAUUGCCCCCACUGCUCAGAGACUACCUGCUGCUGUGUGUGGAGGGGCAAAUCCGGUGAGCUCCGAGUGGGCCACUUCUACUUCCAUCGAUCCUAUGACCGGCGCCGAAAAACCAACUGCCCCUUCCUUUGCUCUUUGCCUGCCUCCAGGACCAGUUUGUCCCUCCUGCUGAUCUUCAGGUCAUCUCAGCCUGUCCCCAACCCUCCACUCCUGUGCUUACGUAGGUAGAUGGCCUCUUUAUCUCCCCAAGCUACAAAUGGUCCACGGUGCACUCUCCCCUUGCCACCCAUA